CUGAAACCGAAAGCACGCUCGGUUGCUCGGCGCUCGCCUGCGCAGGUCUAGCGGGACCAGCCGACUGCUGCAAGGACCUGGGUAGCUGCGCUGGUGGGCUGGGGGCCGGGAGGCCUUUAUGGAGGGGCCGCAGGCUGCUGCGGGUGGGGCUGUCUCCCUGCACAACUUCAGCGCGAGGCUAUGGGAGCAGCUGGUCCACUUCCACGUCAUGCGGCUGACGGACUCGCUCUUCCUGUGGGUGGGAGCCACGCCGCACCUGCGCAACCUCGCCGUGGCCAUGUGCAGCCGCUUUGAUUCCAUCCCUGUGUCUACCUCCCUCCUUGGAGACACUUCCGACACAACCUCCACUGGCCUUGCCCAGCGCUUAGCCAGGAAGACCAACAAGCAGGUGUUCGUCAGCUAUAACCUACAGAAUGCAGACAGUAACUUCGCAUUACUUGUAGAAAACAGGAUCAAGGAAGAAAUGGAGGCUUUUCCCGAAAAGUUCUAGCUGAGUGGCCGAAGUGGGGAUUUGUAACUUAUGUACAAUACACGUUUAAAUAAAGGGAUUGAGUUUCA